AUGAGGUUUACCGCGACAAAUCUCUAUGAUGAUACCUGGCAACACCUGUGUCUCACCUGGGAAAACACUCAAGGAGUAACGAAGCUCUAUAAAGAUGGCCAAUUUGCCGGACAGGUAACAAAUAAUGCCACUGAGAACUUCACACUUACGGCUGGCGGCUCCCUGGUGCUUGGACAAGACCAAGAUUCUAUUGGCGGAGGUUUUCAUGUUGAAGAAACUUUUCAUGGCCGAUUGGCAAGUGUCAACAUGUGGGAUAAAGUUCUGUCCGAAAGCGACAUUGCCGCUCAGUACACAAAUUGCAGCGUACCUCAUGGUUCUGUUCUUAACUGGUCCGUAUUCAAAAAUGUUACUCAUGGCAAUGUCACAGUUGAAGAGCCUUGA